AUGUCGCAAGUGCCGGUUAAUUGUUUGGGCCACAUGGGAAAUGUGGUGAGCUUGGCUUAUAGCAAAGUCUGCACUUCUGGCUAUUAUUUGGCCUCUGCCUGCGACGAUGGGCAGUCGAUGCUGCGUCAUGGCGACACCGGAGACUGGGUUGGCAACUUUGCAACGGAGGGCGAUGCAAUGCUCAGCGUCGACAUCAAUCGGGAUGCAACGCUAUUGGCAACUGGUGGCGUCGAUUGCUCAGCUCGCAUUUGGAAUGCUAUCGAUGGGAAUCAUUUGAUGAAUGUUAUGCUGCAAUCCCCGGUGCGGAGUGUGGCACUUUCCAAGGACUCAACGUUGCUGGCUGUGGGUUGUGCGGAUCGCCAAUUUGACCAUACUUGCGAUAAAAUUCUAUAUGUCUACAAUCUGGCCAAUGAGUUGGUAUAUCCCAGAGUCCUAUCGGGACUGACGCGAGGUGUGCGCGAUUUGGUGUUCUGUCGGGAUGAUCGAAUGGUGCUCUCCUCCUCGCAUGAUCGCACCGUGCGUCUGUGGGAUCUCAUUAGUGACCGGAAAACCCAUUCCAUGGUGCUGCCUCAUCAUGCCAAAUCAUUGGAGCUAUGCGGCGAUGGACGCACUCUAACUAUUGCCUAUGGUCGCAGCAUUGUCUUCCUCGAUGUGGAUCGCUUCGAGGUGCUGAAAAAAUUUAAACUGCCUGCUCGAUUGAUGAGCGCUUCGUUGCAUCCGGAGAGGAAGACGUUUGUCUGUGCGGGCAGCAAUAGGGUUAUCUACAAAUGCGACUACGCAACUGGCGAAAUACUAGAGAGCUUUGUGGCGCAUGAUAGCAAAGUGCGGUGCAUCAGGUACAGUCCCGAUGGUGAGGUAUUUGCCACAUGCGCGAACAAUGGCGGACUUCGUUUGUGGCAGCAAAAUGUGGGCAAGACGUACGCAUUGUGGGGCACUCGAUCUGACGAUGUGGAAGACUAUGAUAAUAUAUCCGUCCGCACAAUUUGA